AUGUUUUCAUCUAUUGAUAAUUUAGCUAAAACACAUGUUACUGAUGUUGUAGUACUUGAUACAUUUCGUAAAAGUCGAAUACGACAUGUGAUACUUGUUGAAUGGUCAAAAGAUAAUGAUGAACAAUUUUUGGUAUUUAUAAUUUUUGCGCCGUCCAAAACAAUUGUUGAAAGUGUUCAUUUCGAACAUACAGAAUUUGUAACUAGUUGUGAUUUUUCUGAUGAAAAUCUAUCAAGUCUAACAGAAUGGAAUUAA